AUGGAAAAAAGGCUUAAAAAAAAUGACAGCGAAAAUAACUACAAGUAUUAUAUACUGCAAAUAGGGAGAAAAUAUACCUAUGUAGGAUUUUCAGGGUUACAUAAACCCACAUGUGUUUUUACGACACCAAAUUUUUUUCUUUACAACGAAAAUUUCCACAAUUCUAUUGACGAUGAUAAGAAAAUUUAUGACAUAAUAAAAAGUGUUUCGAAAAAGGAGAAAGUGCAAGAUGUAUCAAAUGGCGAAAUUUCUUCUCUGCGAGACUGUGCAGAAGGAUAUGCUGGAGGAUCCAAAAGGGAGAUGAAUCUACCAGAGGAUUCAAGUAUAAGAAACAGAAAAGAUAACGAAGGUAACAUGGAACAAAGCGAUAAUUUCUCUAGUCUAGGAAAUCGGGGAAAUAACAGCAACACGAAAUGUAACAAAAAUGAAACAAACCUGAUAUACCACUAUGAAUAUAAAUUUAACCAAGAUGUGAAUUUGUGGAAUAAAUUCUUCGAAGAGUUUAUAUUUCACAUAUUUGAUAAUUUGGCAAAAACAAAUAAUAAAGCAAAAAAAGUUAUCGUUGUUUUGAACAUGUUCAUACCAACAAUAAUUAAAUAUGCCCUUUGUAAAAGUUUGAUAGAAAAUCAUGAAUAUGCUUCAAUUUCUUAUGUGAAUGAUUUAAUAUCUCCCCUUUUUUUAUGUAACUGUAACACAUGUGUAGUAAUAGACUUGGGCUAUUUAAACUGUCGAUUAUUGCCAAUAAUAAAUGGCCUACCCUUAUAUCAUCAUUAUACGUAUAUAAAUAAUGGGGGAUUUUAUAUAAAUAAGGAAAUUAAAAAAUUAUUGAAAGAACAAUAUGUCAGAAGAAGUGUAUGCAAAGGAGAAGCCUCAUGUAGUGCAGAUGCAUGUAUGAAGGAUGAUGCUGUUUUUAUCAAUGAACACAAGAGGGAGGAUAAUCAUAUGACGUAUACCCGUAUAGAAAAAUUAGAGGAGGGAGAAAAAAAAGAAACAAAUAUACCAGAAAAUUUAUUAAAUUAUUAUUAUAAUUUAUAUCCACUAAAUGAAAUAUUAAUGGUUAUUGAUAACAUACCAGAUAAUGAUAUAGAAUAUAUGAAAAUAAAAUAUUUUUAUUUAAAAAAUGAGAAAACUAAAUUGCAUAGUAAUAAAUUUGUCUUGUAUGAAUUCCGAAAUUAUGAAAUUAUUAUUGAACCCCAUACUAGAUGGAAAGCUUGCGAAAUAUUGUUCACUAAAGAUUAUGAACAGAACAUAAACUCAUUAUUUUCAUCCAUACUACACAAAUUAAAUAUAAUGAAUUAUUCCGUUUUUCACAAUAUAUUAUUGGUUGGCGGAUGUAGUAAUAUUAAGGGUAUUCUUUCAAAAAUUGCCGAGUCAUUUUUCCAAGCAUUAAGUGUGAAAAAAAAUGCAUUUAAGAAAGAUUUUGAAAAUAAGGUAAAUUUUAUUUUUCCAAAAAUUGCACCAAACUUGCGCCAAUUUAUAGGUGCUUCCAUCUGUUCGAAUUUGGAAAACCUACCUGAUUACACAGAAGAGCAUAUUCAUAACAACGUCCUCUAUAACCAUUUGAAUGAAGACGUUUACUUGACCUUUAAGCGAUGA